GCAAAAAUUAAACAAACAAGUCCCUUUAGCUCCAUUUGAAAAUUUUGAAAGAUGGAUAUGAAGCAAAAACUGGAGUGGGCUGAAGCACAGAGGAUUGCAAUAAGUGUAGACUUUUUCGCUGCAGCUAAACAGCAGCUACGUUUUCUUGCUGAGGUUUAUAAGAAUCCACAACUCCAUGACGGUCCUGCUUUGGACAGAGCCAUUCACAGGUACAAAUACUGUUGGCUUCCUUUGCUUGCCAAGCAUGUUGAAGGCCAGGUUUCAGAAGGUGCUGUAGUCGUGCCGCUUGAUUGUGAAUGGAUUUGGCAUUGUCAUAGGCUCAAUCCGGUGCGCUACAUAGUUGACUGCAAGCAACUCUACGGGAAAAUCCUCGGCAACCGGAAUGUAGUAUCCUCCACUGAAGCAAUCUACAAAGACCAAACUGAAGAAAUCUGGAAUCAGAUGUAUCCUGACGAGCCAUAUGAGCUAAAUAUGAACAUUCAGAUAUCAUCAGCUACUGACAGAAGUAUUAGCACCACUUACGAUCUGAUUUCUGCUGUCAAAAGACAGAGUUCAUUCUAUUAUCAGGUAUCAGGAUCCUAUAUGAAUGACGAUGCUUAUCUCGAAGGAUCUGUGGCUAGAUAUAGAGGAUUCCUGCAUUUGAUCAAGAGAAAUCAGGAGAGGGCACUUGGGGAAUUCUGUGUUCCAACUUAUGAUAUUGAUCUCAUCUGGCAUGCUCACCAACUGCAGCCUGUUGCUUAUUGUGAGGAUCUGGUGGGGAUGAUGGGGAGGGUGUUGGAUCAUGAUGACACUGAUUCUGAUAGAGCCAAAGGUCAUAAGCUGGACACUGGAUUUUCAGGAACUACGAAGCAAUGGGAAGACACAUUUGGUUCUAGAUAUUGCCGGGCAGGAGCUAUGUAUAGAGGCAAUGCUCCGUCUCCUCUCGCAAUUAAUGCGACCAAACUGGGACUUCUGAGCAACAAAGUGGAGGACUCCAAUCAAAUUUCCAAGGAAAUGUUUGUGGAGGUUAUGGUAGAGAUUAUGGAAGUUAGAGACAUACCAGCUGAGCAUAAAGGAAAUCUUGUUAUAACAUUCAGUAAGAAACAACCAGAUAUGCUUUUCCAAGGGCAGACAAGAUUAAGUAUCUUGUCCGAAAGAAAGGAGAAACAAAUUGCAGUAUUCCAAUGUGAACCAGUAGGAGAACUCGUCUGUGAACUUGUUUCACAUUCACCAACUGCUUGUGCUGCCAAAGUGCUGGGGGCAACAUCAAUUUCCUUGCAGGAAUUUAUGAAACCUGCCGGCUCACCACUGUCAGUCGAAAAAUGGCUCAAGCUGAUGCCCAAUUCUGAAACUGCAGUAAUUUCCGAGCUUAUCAGUCUACACACCGCAAUAUCUUUCACAACUCCGAUUGCAGCACCGGUCAUGCAGAACUCAGUUAAAAUGGACGGAGGGGGCAAUUGCAAUGGAGGGAGUAACUAUAAUCAUGUUCCACAGUGUGACAUCAGUUGCAUUAUAGCAAACAGAGUUAAGAGCAUUGAUUUCGGAUACACUGCCUGUAGUUGUAUUUCUGGGGGUUGUGGUGGUGGUGCAUGUGGGGGAGGAAGCUGUCUGGGUGGCGGCUGUGGCCACGAAAAUAAAUAGCUCUACCGGUAUUUCAGCCGACACAAUACAGCCGCUUUCUUUACCUAUUUUAUGUUUAAAUAAUGUUGCGUUCAUAAGCAAGUUUUAUACUAUGUAAUUACCAGCAAGUCGUUGCCUCUAUAAUGUAUUUUACUGCUCUAUACAAUAAAAGAGAUGAAAAUUUGAAUC